UCCUCCCCUGCACCUCAUCAAUAGUCAAAGAGCCUCCUAUGUGAGAUUAUAUAAUGUCUUGCGACUCUUUUUUUUCUUUUUUUUCUUUUUUAUACAAUAUUUGGCUUCAUGUGCGCACCAACCUUCAGCCCUCCUCGUCUCGCGCAGACCCAUUGACCGCUUUCCCCUCUUCCUCCUCCCUCGGUUUACGUUCACCCCCUCCUUCCAUCCAUCAUGCCCAUCACCCAUUUAGUUAAAACAUACCACACAAGCCUCAUGUGGUCGCAGUGUGUACGUGUGUGUGUGUGGUGUGCGGAGGAGGUGGGGGUCACUGCUGGAGGAGGAGUCCCUCAGCUCACCUGAAUAGUACCCUCUUUGUGCGUCUGAGCCUUAUAAAGCCACGCUCAGAUGCCUUCCAACCUUGCACACCUUAACCCUCUGUGUGGACGCAUCAUCCCUUACCCUCACCCAUACAUCCGUCACAACGCCAUGAGAGCCAGGAUGAGAGUCUUGCUGUUGCUCGCGGCGGCGGCCGUUUGCGUGUCGCACGCUCAGAACAACAACAACAGCAGCAACGACAACAGGCAGCAGCAACAGCAGCAGCAGCAGCAGCAGCAGCAGCGCAGCAUCUGGGACGAGCCCAUCCGAUUCAGCACCAAGACCAAAGACACAUGCACUAUGGUGGUGUCCGGAGCCGGGGACUAUACUCGCCUGCGUGUCACCUGCAAGGGUCCAAGCCAGGGCCAGACUCCAGGACGCUCCUACUACUGCGACUUCCAGGGCAAACCCAACCUGUGCCGCGCCUACAACCUCAACCCUCGCCACUACUUCACCCAGAUGAUGUGGGACAUGAGGAAGCUGAGCCACGCCUGCCAGGGACCCAAAGUCUACCGCCCGCAGAUGUGCAAGAAAUACCCCGACGAGGCCCAGAUGACCUUCCUGGCCUCCUGGCCCAAGACCACCACCCCAAAACCCUCCAAACCCGUCCAGGAGCAGCGUAAACCAGUGGCACCGCCCCAGUCCAAACCCGUCAGUACCCCAAAACCCGUCAAGCCCCAACCUCAGCCCGCCAAGCCCCAGCCAGGCAAGGGCCCCCAGACCAAGAAGACCACCACCAAGCCUGGGAAGACCACUACUCGUCCCACAGAGCAGCCCGACUCCAAAGCAUCACGCAUCGCCUCCGAGUACUGCUGGAAGAGCUUCCACGGCGUCUGCAGCUACUUCAUCAGCUGGUUCCAGAACUGAGGCGAUAACUGUUGACACCGGUUGGAAACAGCAGCGAUGGACCCAGUCAGAACUCGCCCCUCGUCUAUCUUGGACCUCUCCGGGGUCUGCGCGGGAGCUCCUGGAGUCACUUUUGUCGCCUCGUGACGUCCCAGUCCCCCACACUGCAGCAUCUCACGAGCUGAGCCAAAAAAAUUUUUUUUUAAAAACACUCGACCUACACCUGUGUACGGUUAGCAGAUGACUGCUUGUGCUGUCAUGUAGUGUUACGUGUCAUUUUCUUUCUUUCUUUUUUUUUUUUUAAAUCUGUAAAACAAAACAGCAACACCAAGGGAAAAUAUGGCAGGCAUGUGAUUUAAGAAAAAAUGUGAAGGUAAAGAGAAUAAAGUCAAA